AUGGCGAAAUUUAAGAGGAAAUUCUACCAGCAUGGGCUGCUUUUUGUUUUGUUUCUUCCUUUAUCAAGUGUUUUAUGUUUUAGCGAAUUGUCUUUCAUCACUGAGCCCAGUGAUGUUACCGUAUUGCAAAAGGACCCCGUUGUCUUGGACUGUCAGGCUCAUGGGGAGCCCCCAGUCACCAUCAAGUGGCUGAAGAACGGGCUGCGUUUGGCAGAGAGCAAGCACAUACAGUUUCUGCCCAACGGUUCCUUGUACAUACCAAAGAUAAAACAUACCAAGGAGGAUUCAGAUGAGGGAUUCUACCAGUGCCUCUCCCAAAACAAAUAUGGAGCUAUCCUAAGCCAAAGAUCACAUCUGACUAUUGCAAGUGUCUCAGAGGUUCUGUUGCAUCCUGUGCCUAUGGUGGUGAGUGAGGGCUCGGUGGCACGAUUCUCCUGUGCGGUCACUUCCAGCCCUCCUGCCACCAUCACCUGGGAGCUCAACCAAAGCACAUUACCACUACAGACAGACAGAAUGACGGUUUUGCCCAAUGGAGUCCUUCAGAUUCAGAAUGUACAUUUGGAAGAUGCUGGACAGUAUCGAUGUGUGGCAACUAACAUCGGCAGCUGUCUGAUGAGUAAAGAAGCCAUGCUGACAGUCAACCAAGGUACGGGUCCUAAACCACAUCAGAGGCCCAGAAUCAUUUUUGAACCUCAGAAUGUCACAGUUUCUAUCCACCAAACUGUGGUGCUGGAGUGUGUGGCCACAGGCACUCCCCGGCCUAUCAUCUCCUGGAGCCGUGCUGACAGUAAACCCAUUGAUGUGUACAAAGCCAAAGUACUGGGUAAUGGGAACCUGGUUAUUACUGAUGUCAGUUCCAAGCACAGUGGAAUCUACCUCUGCAGGGCCACCACCCCCGGGACCCGCAACUACACUAUUGCUGCAGCCAAUCUCACAGUUCUAGUGCCACCAUCCAUUGUUGAGAGGCCUGAGAGCCAGACCCGUCCAAGAGCAGGCACUGCUCGGUUUAUGUGCCAAGCAGAGGGAGUACCCCCGCCACGCAUAAGCUGGCUAAAGAACGGAGAGGAGGUUCACUUAAAUGGGAGGAUUAAAAUGUACAGCAGUAAACUGGUCAUUACCCAGAUCAUGCCUGAGGAUGAUGCCAUCUAUCAGUGCAAGGCAGAGAGUGAACAGGGUUCUGUGCUGUCCAUGGCUCGUCUUAUUGUUGUCAUGUCUGAGGACAGGCCCAGUGCACCAAGAAAUAUCCAUGCUGAGACCAUCUCAAGCUCUGCUAUUUUAAUGGCCUGGGAGAGACCUCUCUACAAUGCAGACAAAGUCAUUGCCUACUCCAUCCAUUACAUGAAGGCUGAAGGGCUAAACAACGAAGAAUACCAAGUUGUUAUUGGGAACGACACAACCAGUUAUAUCAUCGAUGACCUUGAACCAGCUCAAAACUACACUUUUUAUGUUGUUGCUUAUAUGCCAAUGGGAGCCAGUCGUAUGUCAGACCAAGUCAGUCAACAUACCCUGGAAGAUGUGCCUCUGCGUACCCCAGAGCUAAGUUUGACCAGCCACAGCUCAACAGAUAUCCAGGUGAGUUGGCAGCCACUGCCAGCCAAGGUGAGCCGCGGUCAGGUGUCUGCAUAUAGACUGUCCUAUCGUACAGCUACAGACAACACAGUCACCUCUGUGGAGCUGCUUCAGAACAGUACUGAAUAUCUGCUGGAGGGCCUGCAGCCUGACACCAUCUACCUGCUCCGUAUGGCUGCAGCCACCCGUGUGGGCUGGUGUGAGCCUUCAGCAUGGACCUCUCACCGUACACCUAAAACCUCCAGCAACAAAGUGCCUUCAGCCCCCAUUCUUCAACUUGAGCCGCUUAACUGCACCUCCAUUGUGGCACGCUGGCAAACCUCCCCAGAAUCUGUGGCUGUCCAGGGUUACCAGCUGUGUUACCAUGAGGAAGGUCAACCAGAGCAGCCAAACAUCCAACUGAAAGCUCAGACCUAUACCUAUAUCAUCAGUGGCCUUGAUCCAAGGAGAAAGUAUCAUGUCAAGAUUCUGGCUGUUGGCCAAGUUGGAGAUGGCUAUCAGACAGACCAAACAGUUAGUACUCCAGGAUGUGUGUCGACUCGAGACCAGCUGGCAGCAGCCCUUCCACCUCCAGAUCAUGUGACCGUCUUAGCCAAAAAUUCAUCUGCAGUGUCCCUGCAGUGGAGCUGUCCUGCUUUCCCCUCUGGAAAGGCUGUUAGCUAUACAGUUCGCUGUACACCUGUGGGCACCCACAACUCCUCUGCCAUACGCUAUCUACAAACUAUCAAGCAGAGUGUCACGGUUCGAAAUUUGGUUCCAAACACUCGCUAUGAGUUUGUUGUGCGUCUCCAUGUGGACCAGAUGUCAAGUCCUUGGAGUUCUGUUGUUUACCAUUGGACCCUGUCAGCAGCACCUAGCCAACCACCUGCAGGAGUACGAGUGACUCUGAUAGAGGAUGACACUGCUCUGGUUUCCUGGAGGGAGCCCACAGAGCCCAACGUGGUGGUUACACACUAUACCAUCCUGUAUGCUUCCCAGAAAGCUUGGAUAGCUGGACGCUGGCAAAUCAUGCAGAGGGAGGGAAGUCAUACAAUGGCCCUUCUGGAGAAGCUGGAGCCAGGGAAUGUCUACCUGGUGAAGAUAUCUGCCUCCAACCAGGUCGGUGACGGGCCUUUCUCUGACACUGUGGAGCUGGCAUUGAAGCGUGGAAACACCCACCGCAGCAAGAGCCCCAGGCACUCUGACAGCUUCCUGGACACAACAGUGUUUUCAGAUGGUCUCUACCACAUAGACCAGAGGUCAAUGGCAGGGAUCAUUGUUGGUGUGAGCAUUGCCUUGGCCUGUAUUGUGAUGUGUGCCCUGAUCCUCAUCAGCAAGGGCAGACCAAGAAAAUCCUCCAGUCACAAAGUCAUUGCUGUUGGAGCUGCUGAAGGACCACGUGCUGGUUUUCCUCUGACUAAUGAUCGCCAUACAGAGAAUGUUGAAGCCCUUAUACCCAUGAUGAAUGAUCACUUUUUAGAUGCCAAGGGGCGAUCCAGUAUUGUUAUAAAUAGUGCUGGUCCAAUCAGCAGCAAGAAUCAAAGCAAGAAGUGGCUAUUUUUCAAGAAGGAAAAGAGGAAUUCAUCUAAAAGUGAUGAUGAGAGGAGAGUCGGCUUGUAUGAGGCUGGCAAAACUGUUCUGAGGUACGAGGAGCAUUUAGGCUCAGCGCCCCUUCCACCUUUGUCCCGUGAGAUCAUCUAUGGACCAUUUCACUCCGAGAGCUCUCACACCAGUGAUGGCAGCCAAGAAACAGGAGACUCUGGACACUACUCUAACGAAGAAAGCAACGAAGAGAGGAGCGACCCUUCAACUACUCAAAGCUGCAGACCAGAAUCUUUCAGGCUGGAUGUCUGCACCGUUGUCACAGGGUUGAAACAGUCUUUUGAAGUGGAAAAUGAGGAGAUACUGAGCCACUCCUUCUGUCGCUCUGCCCCUGAUGCUUCCCCACUCUGCUGCACCUCGGAAAGCUUUCAUCAUGCCCUGCACACGUCCCAGGUAGCCAGCUCCUAACAUCAUCUGGCCCCUGUUGGCUCUCCAGCAGAUGAAGCUAUGCCACUUCCACCUUGUUCGCUUCCUGAGUUGAGCGCCUUGGUUAUUUCCUGAGGCACGAGGUAUCAGGAGAGCAGUCACUGUGAUGGUGGAGAUGUGCUUUUGCUUCGGAUCUACCUCAGGAUUUUGUACGAAUGUUUGUUAUAACAUUUUGUUUCAGGUUUUUUUUACAACUUCCUACCUGCUUGUCUGUGUUUGGAACUGUCUGUCCUAAACCAAAGCUCACCCAUGAUGAAUGUUAAAAAGAAUGUCAUAAAUGUACUGUGACACAUUUUCAGUGUAUUUAAUUGCUUUUCACUGCAGCAAAGGGUGAGUAAGCCCCUUUGACUGAUUACAGUAGCUACCUCAGUGUUCUGUUCUUGUAUAUACAUUACUACUUCCUUUUCACCACAUGCUGUGCAGUAUGAUCUGGGACUCAGGGGACAAGGUGAAAACAUUU